AUUGGAAUGGCCAUUUCUUUCUUUUCAGUAACUUCAAUUCUAUCUGUCUUUUUGACAAAAUACUUGAUGGAUAUGGGUGAAUAUUCAUUUCAUUUUCCAUUAACUAUGGCUUGGUUUCAUUUGAUUGUCUCAUUGUUGUGUAUUAUUUGUACUUAUAAUUUAAAUAGGUUGGUAAUUGAUUUAUUCAAAUUGAAAAAAACUAAUCAUUUAAUUAGAACUUGUUUUAGUUUCUUACCAGAUUUUGAAUUUAAAUUUGAUACAGCAGUACAAAUAGCUCCUGUAUCAUUGUGUUAUGUUGGAAUGGUUACUUUUAAUAAUUUGUGUUUGGAUUAUGCAGAUAUUCACACCUAUCACACUGCAAGAAGUAUUAGUAUUUGUUUCACGGUGAUUUUCACAUCAGUUUUAUUGGGAGAAAAAGUUCAGAAGAGAAUUAUUGGAGCAUGUUUAAUGAUUGCUAUUGGAUAUUUCAUGACUGGAUUUGAAGAAUUACAACUUUCUAAAAUGCAGUCGAUUGGAUUUGCUUUUGGAUUGAUGUCCAGUUGCUUUAUGGCACUUUAUUCAAUUUAUUUAAAGAAAUUAAUGUCCUCCUCACACAGAAAUCAUUGGAUUAUUCUAAUUUAUAACGUUGUUUGUGCCAUUUUGUUUUUAUUCCCUGUUUGCUAUUUUACAGGAGAAUUUGAAAAGGCAAUUUCUGUUAAUUAUUUAUUUGAACCAAAGUUUUUAGCAAUUCUCACAACAACAGCCCUAAUAGCAUACGUUGUCAAUAUUUCUAAUUUCAUGUUAAUUAGUUAUACCUCUCCAUUGACUACUUCUGUCACUAUUUCAAUGAAAUCUGUUGUGGAAUCAUUUUUAUCAUUUGCAGUUCACAAUACUCAUGUUUCUACUUAUGGAUUAUUGUCUUCUGCAUUUACAGUAGUUGGAACCUAUCUCUAUUCAUACUUUAAAGUGAAAGAUAAGAGAGAAUUUGAAGGAUUAGUAGAUUAG